UUUGUUUAAUUUCCCUUUGCACGAUAUUAAAUUCCCCAAAGUUGAAAAACGAAACGCAGCCGACUGAACUGUUGAUAAAGAACAGAAGAGAACCAAGGAGCGACGCAGCUAUGGCCUCGACUUCAUUCACAAUGACGAUAAUGCCAUCAAACUUUCAACAAUCUGAAUUGGUCUCUCUGAGCUGCAAUAACAAGCAAAUUCAUUUCCACCAAAGCGCCACAAGUGUUAAUGUAUUUAAACAGCAAAACAUUAGGUUGUCAUUAUCUUCUAAUUUCCACAUGAGAAGACAUCAAGAAGUGUUGAAGCCUAUAGCUGCAGUUGACUCAGGUUUAGAGGUGUCUAUUACGGAUCCAGAGGACUUGAUAAGCGUCAAAGAUGCCAAGAUAGUUGUAGACUCUCAAGAUGAAAAUAAGAUACAGAUGAGAGUGGAUUUGACUGGUGAUACGACACAAAAAGUAUUUGAUAGGGUUUUAGUAAAUUUGGCUCGUUCAGCACCACCGAUACCUGGAUUUCGCCGAGAAAAAGGAGGAAAAACUACAAGGGUCCCAAAGGACUUCCUCUUACAAAUCCUUGGUGAAGAUCGUGUAACAAAGUUUGUGGUACAAGAAAUUGUUAGCUCAACCAUGACCGAUUAUGCAAAGAAGGAAAAUUUGAACGUGAAGGAGAAAAAAGUUACCACAACCCAGUCUGCUGCAGAACUCAAAAAGCUUUUCACUCCAGGAUAUGAGUUUGGAUUUAAUGCUAUAAUGGAACUUGAAAAUCCAGAAGCUGAAGAAAAACCAGAAGCAGACGAAUAACCAGAUAUUGAAAUAUCAAGUUCAAGCUCCUUCAAAGUGUAAAAUGAUGAUGUUUAUGUUGUAUAAGAGCUUACCAAUUUUUUUGGCCAGUAGUUAAUUAUGUCAUUUCAUUCAUGCAGGUAAUGCAAUUGGUGCAAUAGAGGUCUAAUAUUUGUCUGUAAUUUACUGUUUUUCCAUCUCCUGGGCAAAGUUUUGCAUACUGACUGAGUUGUUUUAAUUAGCAUCAUAGUAAGUGUCAGUUGUUCCAGGCAUUAUAGUCAAA